GAAGGAGAACUGAGUCUGUCUCUGACUGUCAUGUCUUGUUUUUUGACAGAGAAAAGGAGCAACUGAAUGCACUACUCCAGGUGGCUCAGGUGGAAGCAGUGAAGACUGAGGAGGUGGAUAUUCCCCUGCAAGAAGAAGAGAGACGUCAGAUGGAGGAGAUCUUAAGACUGGAGAAGGAGAUUGAGAAAUUGCAGCAACAGAAAGAGGAUCACAUGUCUGUCAUCUCUGAAGACACCAGGAAUGAAAUCAACCGGCAGCGAGAAGAGGAGAUCCAGAGGUUGGAAAAAGAGGCAUCAAGGGUUGCCCAGGAGUUUUUGGAGCUGUUGGAUUUUGGCAAUCUGGAUGAAAGUGUGCAGAACUUAGAGCACUCACUUUCUAGUGAAGGGACACUCAACAUUGACUGCAGCCUGGUGGCACCACUGGCUGAAGAAGAAGUGGAUGAGGGUUUUCAUGCUGAUGAUGAAGGGCGGCCAACUUCCAGUUUGUUGGUCUCAAAUCAGGAUAGCGCAAGAAACAGCAAUAACUACUCAAAGGAAGUUGUGGACACAAGCCUUUCACUUCUCCAGAGGGAAGUGGGAGAGGCUGUAUCUGUUCCCAGACAACCUGUGGGAAGAACCACUAGCUCCAAGGAGCAGAGAGCCCUAUCUGACCCAGCAGAAAGCAUUUACAGCAGUGUCUCAGAUACACAGAGGAGUAACAGUGGAGAGGCAGGAGAGCCAAUUUACACUUCCCCUCCAGAUGUGGAAUCUGACUAUGACCAUGAGGAGUAUGAUGGCUAUGGAGAUGCAGGUAAUGCCUCAGCUGAGCCUCUGAAUGGUGAGGAGGGUCUGAGACACUCCCAUGGUACCAGCCUGGACUCCAACCGUGGCAGCCUGGACUCGUUUCUGGACAGUGAAGAAGAAGUGGAUGUUUACAUUGAUACAGAUGAAGAGUUCUGUAAUGGGCGAGUGACUAUCUUCAAUGGCUCAGGACCACCCUAUUUUCACAGUUACCUCUACAUGAAAGGAGGUCUCAUGAACCCAUGGAGGCGGCGCUGGUGUGUUCUGAAGAAUGAGGCCUUCAUGUGGUUCCGCACCAAGCAAGAGGCACUGAAGUCAGGCUGGCUCUAUAAGAAAGGUGGAGGCAUGUCAACACUUUCACGCCGCAACUGGAAACGCCGUUGGUUUGUGCUUCGAGAAUCCAAGCUGAUGUACUUUGAGAAUGAUAGUGAGGAAAAGCUGAAAGGGACAAUUGAUAUCAGAAAGGCAAAAGAGAUUGUGGACAUUCAUGAAAAGGAGAAUGCUUUGGACAUUGUGACAGAAGACAGAGUUUAUCAUAUUGUUGCAGAGUCACCAGAAGAUGCCAGUGGUUGGUUUAAUGUCCUGAGCCGAGUACACAGUGCUACAGCACAGCAGCUGAGGGAGAUGCAGGAUGAACAGGCCAAUCCAAAGAAUGCUGUGGGAACUCUGGAUGUUGGACUUAUUGACUCUGUCUGUGCCUCAGACAAUCCUGAUAGACCGAAUUCUUUUGUGAUCAUCACAGCAAAUCGAGUGAUUCACUGCAACAGCGACACCCCUGAGGAGAUGCAUCAUUGGAUCUCUCUGCUGCAGAAACCAAAAGGCGAAUCUAAGGUCGAUGGCCAGGAAUUCCUUGUGAGAGGCUGGCUUCAUAAAGAGGUUCAGAGCAGCAACAAGAUGUCCUCUCUGAAGAUGAAGAAACGCUGGUUUGUUCUGACAAACACUGCCCUUGAUUACUACAAGUCAUCUGAGCGCACAGCUGCCAAGCUUGGCACACUUGUGCUCAAUAGCCUCUGCUCUGUAGUGCAGCCUGACGAGAGGGUCUUCAAAGACACAGGCUAUUGGAACAUCAUUGUCCAUGGGCGAAAGCACUCCUACAGACUGUACACAAAGCUGCUGAAUGAAGCUAUGCGCUGGGCCUCUGCCAUUCAAGGUGUCAUUGACAGCAAAGUUCCCAUAGAAACACCUACACAGCAACUCAUUCGUGACAUCAGGGAAAACAGCACAAACUUUGAAGUAGUGGAACAGACAUACAGGAGGAACCCAAUCUUGCGAUAUACCCAGCACCCCUUGCAUUCCCCAUUGCUCCCACUACCAUAUGGAGAUGUUAGUGUCAACUUGCAACAAGAGAAGGGUUACAGCAGCUUACAGGAUGAAGCAGUGAAGAUCUUUAACUCCCUUCAGGAAAUUGAGACAGUGUCUGAUCCUAUACCCAUAAUCCAAGGCAUCCUGCAGACCUGCCAUGAUUUAAAGCCCCUUCGUGAUGAAGUGUACUGUCAGCUCAUCAAGCAGACUAACCACAUGCCACAUCCCAACAGUACUGGGAAUCUGCACCACUGGCAGCUGAUGUCCUGUAUGAGCUGCACUUUCCUGCCCAGCAGAGGGAUCCUGCGCUACCUCAAGUUCCACCUUCGGAGGGUAAAAGACCUUUUUCCAGGCUCAGAAAUAGACAGGUAUGCGCAAUUCAUAAGUGAUUCCCUGAAGAGGACAAAGACAAGGGAGUUUGUGCCCUGCCAGGAGGAAAUACAGGCUCUUCUCACCCGUGAAGAAAUGACCACAACGGUGUACUGCCAUGGCGGUGGCUCCUGCAAAAUAACCAUCAACUCCCACACCAGCGCUGGGGAGGUGGUCGAAAAGCUGAUCCGAGGUUUAGCAAUGGAGGACAGCCGGAAUAUGUUUGCGCUCUUUGAACAUAACCAGCAGGUUGACCAUGCUGUGGAGAGUCGAGUGAUUGUGGCUGAUAUCUUGGCCAAGUUUGAGAGACUUGCUGGCUCUGAAGAAGAGGAGGAGGAAGGGCAGUGGCAACUGUAUUUUAAGCUUUAUUGCUUUUUGGAUAUUGAGAAUGUUCCCAAAGAUGGGGUGGAAUUUGCCUUCAUGUUUGAGCAGGCUCACGAAAGCCUCAUAGAUGGUCAUUUUCCUGCACCAGAGGACACUCUGCAGCGCUUAGCAGCUCUACGGCUGCAGUAUCUUCAUGGGGAUUAUUCCAAAAUAAGUUGGACCCUUGAUGGAAUCUACCCAGUUAACAGACUGAAAUCCAAAAUACUACACUCAACAAAGAGCAGUGGCACUACCAGUCAUACUCUGGAGAGGAGACGGACCAGCUUCCUUGAAGGGACAUUGAAACGCAGCUUCAAGACAGGGUCUGUAAAGAAGCAGAAGGUAGAAGAAGAGCAGAUGAUGGAGAUGUGGGUAAAGGAAGAGCUUUCAGCUGCUCGGGCAAGCAUAGCACAGAAAUGGACCAAGCUGCAGGGACUCUCUCAGCAUCAGGCCAUGGUGAAAUACAUGUCCAUCAUAAAGGAGUGGCCAGGUUACGGGUCAACACUCUUUGAUGUUGAGUGCAAGGAGGGUGGAUUUCCCAAUGAUCUCUGGCUUGGAGUCAGCACAGAGAAUGUGUCUGUCUACAAACGAGGGGAUCCUAAACCACUAGAAACUUUCCAGUAUGAGCACAUUGUUUUCUUCGGAGCACCACAGCCUAACACCUUCAAAAUUACAGUGGAUGAGAGAGAAAUGUUCUUUGAAACAUCCCAGGUGGGCGAGAUAAUAAAGAUCAUGAAAGCAUACAUCAACAUGAUUGUGAAGAAACGCUGCAGUGUCAAAUCAGCCACCAGUGUGGACAGUCACGCUAGUGUCUGGACUAGGUGAUAUGAAUGAACUGCCACAAGAGAGAGGCAGUAGUUUAGUGAUGGGUAUUUGCAACUUGCCAGCACAAGUGUAGCAAAGAUGUUUUUUUAAGAAUUCAAGUGACUACUGUAUUUAAAACCUGAAGUGACAUCUACAGUACCAUAGGAUUUGCACCUCUGCCCAAAGACUUUAAACAGUAACAACUGUUAAUAAUACUAAUGACCCAAACCUUUGUUGCUUGUUUGAUGAACAAUGUACCUUAAAGAAGCAAAGUCAGAAGCA